AUGUAAACAAAUGUUAGCAAACCUGUUGAAAUCUCUUAUCAAUCUUAAAUCAUCUGUAAUUCAUCCCAUCUAUAUUAGAACCUACUUUAAAGUCGUAGCAGCCACCCAACACUUAGAUACAAAAAUAGGCAUUAUAAUCGAUCCCUUUGGUUCCAUUGAGAUAAGCCCACAAAUCCAUGACCACAAUUAGACCCUCCAUAUUUAAAUCCAGAGUGGAGGAGUCAACUUCGUUUAAUAAGUAUUAUAUAAACUAUGAACUCAGAGAUGCCUCAUCCCUGAUAGCUAAACUUGAUUCGUUACGCGAAAUUAAAACUUAAGAGAGUCCUUUCAGACAUCACAAAACAACCUACAUUCAACCUCAAUCUAGCGUUGUCUUGGAAUUCAAAAACGCUGCUCCAAAAACUGUUCAAUUGUAAUCAAGUGUCUUCGCAAGUUGCGUUGAACCUUUCCGUUCUUCUAAAAGCAUCGCAAGCUCGAGUGUCUCAAACAGUUAAUAAUGGAGUAAAACUGUGCCUCCCCAAAAAAAUUAUGAAGCACUCAUCGAAACUCUGAUGAAAGAACAAGACACUGUGGUUGAACAAUAUGGUGAGAAAUUAACGAGGUUGGAAUAAAAAGUGGUUGUCCUCUCUCAAGAAAACACUAAUCUUAUGGAAUAAAAUAAAUUACUUUUGACUUAAAACAUUGAAUUAAAUGAAGAAAUUACAUAAUGGAAAAAUUAAGUAAAACAGUAUCUUCAAUAAUCGUAAAUUAAUUCCAAAUUCCAAAAUGAUAUCGAAAUCUUAGAAAAACAACUUGAAUACAAACAAGAUGAACUCAACUAAACCAUCUCAAACCUGGAAUAAAUCAAAAACAUCAAUCAAUCAUUCGAACUCACAAUCAAAGAAUAACAAGACCAAAUCAAUUCCAUACUCUAACAAUAACUUAAAGAAAAUGAAGCCUAUAACUCAAAAAUUAUUGCCCAAAAAUAAAAUAUCCAAGAAUUAGAAUCUAAAGUAAAUCAAUUUUUGAAAAAUGAAUCUUCAUCAUAAACCUUAAUCAGAGAUUUACAGAAUAAACUCAGAUUAUUAGAACAAACCAAUGAGAGAUCGAAAGUCCUCAAUUAACAAUCUCCUUCCAAAGUAUAAUUACAUUCUACAUAGAUUAAUGUUAAAGAUUAAUAUGAAUAUAAACAAUUACUCUUGGAAUUGGAUAGCAAAUCCAUGACCAUUACAGAAAAAGAAACCUAAGUAGAAGCAUUGAAAAUCAAGAACACCAUGCUCUAACAAUAGCUAAUAUAAUUACAAGCAUGCCAAUUGGGUAUCAGAGAUUAUGAAUCUGGACUUAAGUAAAAGCAACAAGAAAUCAAUGAACUAUAAUUAGCUUUAUAAAGAAAAAAUUAAGAAUGUGACACUCUUUCUUAAAAUCAACAUAGCAUAAUCAAUAAUAAAUAUGAAGAAUAUGAAAAUAUCAUAAAUGAAUUGUAAACAGCUUUGCAAAAUAAAAAUGAUGAACUCGAAAAAGUUACCGUUCAAUUAAAAACAGUCAAAAAGGAAAAAGCCAAACUAUCUAUGAAUUUAAUUACUGCUGGAAUGGCAAAUCUAGUCAUGGUAUCCUAAACUUCUACCUGAGGUAUGAGUCUCCCUGAUAAUCAUUUAUAUCAAAC